AUGAAAAAAGUUAAUGAUUUAGAAACACCAACAAUAACAACAGCUGAAGCUUCGAAUAUGUCCAUGACUGGUGCUGCCGUCAUUCUAUCGGCGCCAAAAUUAGCUCAAUCUUGUAAUAUCAUCAAAUGCCGUGCAAUAAUAGCAUAUUAUUAUUUGGAAGAAGAGGAAUUUGAUACAGCCGAAUUUAGUGAUUGUGAACAUUGUCCAUCGAUGAGUGAUCGUGGAAUGAGUGAUGAUUGGUUGAAUAUAUGGUAUGAAGAUGAUUUCUUUAUUGCAAAUUUUAUUGGACAAGAUUGUGAAGGAAAUCCAGUUGUUGGCAAUAAAUAUCAUUGCAUACAAGAAUGUUUCAGAGAUAUAACAUGUGCAGGAUUCACAAGAAAUAAGAACACAACAGAUAAUGAUCUAAGUGGUAAAUGUUGGCUUAAAAAUAAUAUUACAACAAAUCAAAUUUUCAAUAAUUCUGAAUGGCAUACAUUUGUUAUCAAUACUAAAUCUAGACAAUUAUAUUUGAAUAAUACACACAAUUCAAUUGAAAAUAAUCAAAACAAUAUUGUUUGGCUCUUUUUCUUUCUAUUAUUCAAUCUUCUUUUAUUCUUACCAAAGAAAUAA